GACUUCCGCUUCCUGUAGUGUCGGGUACAGGGUCGGAAGCGAGGCCAGGCCGGGCCAGGGUGGGCAGUAGCCUGUGUCCUGCAGGGGGAGCAGCGGCUCUAGGCCGUCUAGGCUUCCCAGAGAGGCUGAGUGGGCGGCUGUGGGCGGAUGCGGCCGCCAGCGACGCCCCCAGACCCGACCAAGGAGCCAGGGUGCAAAGGCACCACCCGAGGCCUGAGGAAGCGAGGCCUUCCGCUGACGCCAGAGCCAGGCGAGGGGGGAGGCUGCAGCCUGGAGGCCAGGGGGUGCGAGGAGGAGAGCAGGCAGAAGCAGAGGAUGGUGACCCAGGCUUCUGGGAGAGAAGAGACAGAAGGUGACAAGUUGGCCAAAGAGAAUGGAAAAAUUACUGAGGCCCCAAGUGAUGAUCCACAGCCAGGGACUGACCUGGUAAGAAAGACAUCAAUAACCAGUUCGGAGUCUUUGCAAACAGUGGAGUGCAGUGAAUUUCAAAAUAUGGCUUUCUUACAGUCUUUGGAUAAGGAAGAAUUGGGAGAAGGUAUUAAAAGAAGAAUGCGAAUUAAAAAAUGUAAAAGUUUAGAAAAUCCACCUCUUGAAAUAACUAAAAAUGAGGCAACACAAAAUAUUAAAGUUGAAUUCCAAGAUGAACUGUUCAAGAAUACCCCAAAACAUUCUUGUAACAGCUUAUCACCUGGAGUAGAAAAAAAUUGCAGCUUUGAAUUGCAUGAUUACAGUUUUCUCCAUUCUGAAGGUUGUAAUAAUGAAAACAACUUUGAGGAUAAACCUCAUGAUGUAUGUCUACACACUGAAGAGAACUCUUUGAAGUUAAAGAAAGAAAACCUUAGGAAUCUUGCAGAGAAAGAUGACACAAGAACUACUACUAAGCUUUUAAAAACUGAAAAAAGUGUAAUAGCCAGUAAGUUACUGCUUGAAGAAAGUCAUUUAUACCAAAAUAAAAACAAUGGCUUGACUUCUUGCCUUCAAAGUGAAAAAAACAAAUAUUCAGUAGAGGAGAACAACACUGGGAGAAAACACAGGAAAAAAAUGAAGUCUGGAAAAGAAGAAAAAAAUAUUAAUCUUACUUUGUCUAAUGUAUGUAACAAUUCUGUGUUGGUGUUACAAGAAAACCAAAUGGGUAUGGAAGGGAAAGAAGCAGAGACCUUAGAACCUAAAAAAAGUUUUCUAAAAGCUUUAAGAAAAAUAAACCAUAAUACACUCCCUCCGGUGGACCAUUUGUGUCUCCCCAAAACAGUGGGGAAAACAAGUUCUAGGCAUCACAUAAAUGCUAUGCUUCAGAAAACCCUCGAAUCAAGUUUGAAAGAGGAUAUAAAAAAUACUUCAGAGUCCUUAGGAUGCAAACGUAUAGAGCCAGAAAAAUAUAAUAAAUCGAUGAUAAGCUCUACAGUGAAAUCACCUAGUGACGGCCAUCAUAUGGAAAAGAGAUCUCCACGGGGAGAUCUGAGAAGUGAAACUGAAGAGUCAAAGGUUAGCUGUUGCAGAACAAUACCAAUGACUGGUAAAAGAGUUUGGCCUUUUUAUUCUUGUGCUAGAAUAUCUGCCCAGUGUUGGAAAAAGACUUCCUUGUCAGAUUUAAAUUACUCACUUCUGGGGCCACUGGAAAAUGUUAGGCAACAUGAUUCUAUAAUACACCAAAUGAACCAGACUCACUUACCUGACUCUAAACUGUUACAACCAUCCUUAACAGAAAGAACUACUGAGUCCUCAAGAAAAGAAAUGUAUGAUUCUGAUUUAAGUUGUUUGUCUUCAGUUUCUUCAGUAGAAUCUACUGUGAUGGAUAUAAAGGAAGCUAUGUCCCAUGAUAAAAAGACAAAGUUAGAGGAACCCAGCAGAAAUGGGGCAGAGGUAGUUUCUAAUGCAACUGAAGACACCCAGUUAAGUAAUAUAACUCAAAGCUUAACAGGAAAUAAGAAAAGGAAAGGGAAUUUAUCAAAACUUAAUUUAACAGUUGCAUCCCAAGAGAGCCAGGAAACAAAUAACUGUGCAAAUAAAACUGUUCAUCGAAAAGUUUGUAUUACUAAGCAAACACUUGUGGCACCGGACUUGGUUAAAAUAUUAAACACGGGACGGCUGACUAAUUUUAAAAUCCCUUUACUAAAGAACAAGACAGGAAAAAGAGGAGCAGUAAGUGCCAGGUCAUCUGAGAGAGAAGCUUAUAGCCCCCUAGAGCUACUUGACAGUUUAUCUGGAGUAGAGGCAAAACAAAAUAGGAAUAAGGAAAAUAUCUGUACAACUUCAGGACCACAGUCUUUGAAUUUACAUAGUUGUAUAGCUCCAGGGCAAGCUAGUUCUCAUUCAUUCUACAAUAAGAAUUCCUGUACUUCUUCGAGCUUUACCAAGAAAGGUUACGAUAAUAAAGCAUGUAAUCACAUCUCUGAACCAGGAAAUAUUAUUUCAAAUAAGGAGUCUAUUUCUAUGAAAAUUGAAAAUAAUACCUUUUCUUGUGAUCUUGGAUAUAUUGAUCAAAGUUCCUUCUGCUCUAAGAAACAAGAAGCAUUUGUGCCAAUUUCCUCUGAAAUUAGUGGUAGAAAAAUGACUAAAAGCAUUUCAGAACUCAAAUUGGGGUUUCCAGAUAUUCUUAAAGCAUAUGAAGAUGAUGUCCUCUUGAUUGAUGUAAUUCAAGAUGAUCCAGAGCUCUUUGGAAUCUCCAGUGAGGGGGAUCUUUCCUUUGCUUCAGAAGUCUCCAAGAUAAGCCAGGAGCCCAGAGUAUCUGAAGACCAACCAACAGCAGAUUUUAAGCACAUGCACCUUCCAGGGAAAAAAGAACCAGGCGAUUUGAGUAAAGAAGUUGCCUUGCUGGACCCUGGAUUGCUGAAACUGGAGAGCUGUCCUUCCUUGUCAGCAGCAAAGGAGCCUCAGCAUGAUCCUGAAGGAGCAGCCAUCUCCUUAGAAGCCACUGAGGAGACUGUUGUAAGUGGAAGCCUAGAAGGCCUCAGUGAACAAGCGCGGGCUUCAGACUCAGACGCGAAGUGCAUAAGUUCAGACAAGGCAACCGUUAUGGAAGAACAAGAGAGUACUCAUGAAAUUUUCAAAAGCAAAGAUUCUAGAAAUGUGGAGUCAGCUACUGAGUGUCAGUUAGCAACACUGGGCCCCAACCCUCUGUGCUCAUCAGCACUUCCUGUGAAUCUAAGCAGUCAUCAAGAUGUAGUGUCAACACCCUGGAUAAAUGAUGUCAGAUUUCCAGGAAGACAUUCUGUCCUACAACUGCAGAACCCUGAAACUUGUGAAAUAUUUAAAAGAGAAAAAAACAUGGGGGUGUUCCAGAAGCCCUUAGGGUUGUUGAUACCCCACAGAUACUGCAAACUUCAUUUUAACACAUUGCGUGGCUGUGAGCGAGCACAGUGCAAGUUUGUCCAUGUGCCUGAGCAGGGGGAUGAGAAGAUCUGCAUGGAUGUGUUUAGGAAAUACAUAAGUGUCAAUGAGCAGCGUUUGCUGCAUCGAGCAGCAUACAUAUUUCUGGAGUACUACAGAAAGUUUCCCCCAGGGAUACACUUCAGUUUACAAGUGCUAAAUGACCUUUUGAUUUCUUUACUCAAGCAUUGUUUAUUGAAAGAAGUCUUCCAGGUAGUGCAGCUCAGCAUAAUGGCUAAAAUGCUGCCUGCUCUGAAAAUAUUACUAAAAAUAUUUGAGUAUGUGGCAGCUAUGAAGUUGAGGAAUGCUGUACCUGCUUUAAUUGAGAUUUUUUGCAAGUUCAUUGAAGCUGGGAUGGUACCUGACCCAGAGCACUUGAACUAUAUUGUUAAGCUUUUACAUCAAGCACAGGCAUCCCAACAAGAAAUAUCUGCAGUUCUGCAAGCCAAAUCCAGGUUGCGAGUGAGGCAGCUGAAAAAGAACUGGAAGUGUGACUUAGACUCAGCCUUGAGUGAAGUAGAGACUUGUAAAGAAAAAAGUGACUGGACCAAAUUGGGAAACCUGUACAUUAGCAUAAAGAUGAGUUGUGAAGAAUUUGCAGAUCUGCAGAGAUUCUGUGCUUGUGUUGCUGAGACGCUCACAGAAGAUUACAAAGAAGAGAGGCCAGGCGUUCCUUUUUGUGAAUUUGCUGAAACAGUUAGCAAAGAUCCACAGUACAGUGAGGUGGAUAAGACUUUGUUGGGAAGGAUCGGAAUAAGUGCGGUGUACUUCUAUCACAGACUGUUGCUGUGGGCCAAGGGAAGGAAGGUCUUAGAUAUAUUAUAUGAGCUAAAAAUACAUUUCACAAGUUUAAAAGGACUUACAGGACCUGAAAAAGAAGCACCAAGAUGUCAAAUUGUAAAUGUUGCAGCAGAGAUUUUUAUCAAAAGUGGGAGCCUAGAUGGUGCCAUUUGGGUCCUAAGGGAAUCGGAAUGGAUAAUCAACACACCACUUUGGCCUUGUGAUAGAAUGGAUGUGCUUAAUCGGCAUAAUUUGCUCUGUACCAUUGCACAUGAAAUCUUGGGCAAGAAUCUUUACAAACAAACAUUUGAGGUCUUACGGAAUCUACCAAGCUUUCAGAAUUCUCAAGAAAUGAUGGGGGUUUCCCAGUCCAGCCUUCUUUUUAAUGAACUUCUGGAUGCCUGUAUAGAAAGUAACAGUCUUGGCAUAUCGUCUUCUGUAGCAGAGUUCAUGGUUGCCAAGAGCAUCCCUAUUGACUUUUCCUUUCUCAGGAGACUCAUCACUUCCUUAGGAAGGAGUUGUUUGUGGCUCAAAGCCAGAGCCCACUACAAAAGUGCUCUUUCACUGGGUUGCUACCCACCAUUAGAGGGAAACUUACACCGGAAACUUCUCCUGGUUCCUUCGUAUCUAUCUGAGAUUGAAAUGCUUUUAGCUAUGGAAAUAUUUCUGGUGUCCAAUGCUAGUGGCAUUCAGAGUGCAGGAAUGGGAGCGCCCACACAGGUGCUGCAGAUUGUCCUGAAAAGAUGUGAAGAAAGCAAAUCUCGAAGCAAGGAUGAAUAUCAAGCUGCAGUAGAAAGAUUGGUCAUGGCUGCUCGAAUAUCGGACCCCAAGCUUUUCAUUAAGCACAUGACUGUCAAUAUUAACAAGGAGCAGGUGUACAGUCUGGAGCACUGUUCUGCUUUGAAAUGGCUGAAAGAGAAUAUGAAGUGGGCUGGAAAGGUUUGGCUUUUCACUAACCAUUAGUAAAGGGUUGUUGUUGCAUUUUCUUUUUAAGUUCAAAUAAUCAUUGUUGAAAAUAAAAGAAUAAAAAU